GGCAGAGAAACGGAUCUACCGGCAACGACAGGUGGACAACCGCUACUAAAACAGUAGUUUCGUCUAAGAGCAAGUAUCCACUGUAAACAGCCUCAGAAGCUCAUAGCUUCAAAUCCAAUCGAGGCUUUCCACGUCAAUGUGACUGUAUUUUUUAUGACGUGGCUUCCACCUAUUGGUACAGCUGCGUUCCCAUGCUUGGAUUAGCUGUUACCGCUUAAAUUGUGUCCCCGUCAUGAAUACCUGGCAACUGGCAAUUUCAGGUAACGGUAAUAAUAACAGUUUUCGUAUUAAGAGAGGCGGGGGAGAGGACAGCGAAUUGGGGGUUUCUGGAGAUCGUCUUCUCUCUUCGAAAUCCUGAUUUCGAAGAAGGAGAUGGCUUCAGGAAACACUGAAACCGAAUCCGAAAUGGCGGAUAUGGCGUUCGCAAAGCGAGGUUGUUGUUUCUGGAUGCCGUGUUUGGGCUCCGAGCGGUCUGCCAGGGAUGGAUCAGUGUGGUGGGAGCGGGUAGGAGGCCCGGCCGAGAAGAAAGAUGGGUGGUGGAGCAGAGGCUUGAACGCGCUGAAACAGAUCAGGGAGUGGACGGAGAUCCACGCUGGUCCAAGAUGGAAGACCUUCAUCCGGCAGUUCGGGAAAAGCCGCGGCGGUGGCGGAGGCCGGCACGGGAAAUUCAAUUACGAUCCAUUGAGUUACGCCAUGAACUUCGACGAAGGACCGAGACAGUACGGUCAUUUGGAUGAGGACCACGGCUACCCUGAUUUCUCCUACCGGUACGCAUCAUUGCCGCCGUCGGUAAAGUCGUCGAUGGAUCUCGGCAACGAUGGGCCGUCAUUCACGUGAGUGGCACACGAUGACAGAGACGAAAGAACCGCAAGCGGUAGACACUUGGCGCGAACUUCGGCGUGGACCCGGAGCAUCGUCAAGUGUAGCAGUUGGUUGACUUUUUGGACGGUAUUGAUUGCCUGGCCAAUCAGCGUCGUAUUUUUUUUCCAGUAUUUUAUAAAAAAUUAUUUAAUAAUUCCAUUUCCCAUUGUCAAAACUCAGAAGAGUCAGAUAAAAAAAUAAAAAAUAAAAAGGAGAAAAAUAGAAGGUUUUGAUCGUC